AUGUCAUCAAGAUAUUAUAGUGCUGUUCCAUCAAAAAAAAUGAUCAAAUCAGCAUCCAAAAAAAUAACAAUAUCACAUCUUUACGAUCUCUAUAAAAGCAAUGUUCCUAUAGCAGUAAUGACAGCUCAUGAUUAUCCCAGUGGAUUGUUUGUUGAAAAGGCUGGAAUUGAGAUUUGUUUGGUUGGUGAUUCUUUAAGUAUGGUUGCAUUAGGUUAUCAGACCACUAAUCCCAUCACCAUGGAGGAAAUGCUUCAUCAUUGUAAGGCAGUCGCGAGGGGAGCAAAAACACCGUUUUUAGUUUGCGACAUGCCAUUCGGUAGUUAUGAAACAAGUCCAACUGACGCAUUAAAGAAUGCUAUUAGGCUUGUAAAGGAAGGAAGUAUGGAGGGCGUAAAGAUAGAAGGAGGUGUUGAAAUGGCCGAGACUAUCAAAAAAAUUACAGAUACAGGAAUAUCGGUGCUAGGUCAUAUAGGCUUGAUGCCACAACGUCAAAGUUCUCUGGGUGGAUACCGUGUUCAGGGCAAAACUGCAGAAAAGGCAUUUAAAAUUUUAGAGGAUGCCUUUGCCUUACAAGAAUCUGGAUGUUUUGCUAUAGUGCUAGAAGCAAUUCCUGAACCAGUUGGAACUAUUAUUACAAAAAAGUUGCGAAUUCCUACUAUAGGCAUCGGCGCAGGUAACGGCACAAGUGGUCAGGUUUUAGUACAACAAGACGUAUUGGGAGUUUAUGACCAAUUUGUCCCAAAAUUUUGCAAACAAUAUGUGGAUUUAGAUAAGAUAAUAGUUAAAGCAUUGGAUGA